CCAAGGCGCAAGCGCAUGGAGAGUCAGGAAACGACGUCAGCAGGCGCGGAGCAGCCGUCUGUGCUGGUCCGGGCCACCGCACAGCUUGCAUUCCGCGAUAACAUGGUGAUGGACCACGCCGGUCGCCGGUUCUGGCUCAUCGCUUCGUCCGCCGCCCUCUUCAUCCUCUGCAUCUCGAUGCUCAUCGGCGGCCUCGGCCCGGACGUGUUCGAGACAACCGGCGACUACGCGUUCGACUGCCCGCUCGACCGCUGGAACCGCACGUGCUCGCCGUCGACAUGCGCCGGCUGCAUUCCGGUCUUCACCUCGAAUGACACCUUUACCCGCUUCCUCGACGGCCUCUCGGAGCUCAACCAGUUGUUCUCGCUUGAGCUUGGGUUCGAGUCCAAGGACCUUGUUGCCCGCGAGUACUCGGCUUACGACCUCGAUGUACAGCUGUUGAAGCAAGUUGCCGGCAACGUCUACCAGCCCAUGCGCGGCAACCUCGAGCACGGGCUCAACCUGGUAUGCGAUGGUGGCCAGCCCGUGUGCGACUCGCUCCUCGUCAUUCUCGAGCCGUUUAUUGACUCGUCGUCGUACGAGGUCGUCAUCUCCAUGCCCGACGCCCUGGUCGACACCGAGUGGAUUGCCAACAUCCACUUUCUCUUCACCACCGUCAACGCCACCUUUACUGUUCUCUCCAUCACCGCCCGCGUUGUCUACGCCAUCGUCACCAUCGCCCUCCUCGUCUGCCUCAUCCUCGUCAAGGGCGGCUUCAAGUCGCUCCCGGCCUGGGUCUCAGGCUUCUACAUCUCGCGCUACUCGCCGGUCCUCACCCGCCUCGACCCGGGCGCCGACCUCUCCGGCUCGACCGUUUACUACUGGCAGUACGAGCAGCGGGCCGCGCUCGUCCUCCUCCUCUCGCUUGUCAUCUACUCCAACCCGUUCAUGCCCUUUGACCUCAUCGUCCACAACUGGUUCACUUCGGCGCUCUCGGCCUUUACUGUCGUCCAGUUUGAGGCCGUUGUCCUCGGCUUUGUCCUCAUCACCUUUGGCCGCUUCCACACCAUGGCCGUCUUUGCCGCCCACGGCCCGCAAGCCGCCGCCCUCCGCGCCCACGGAUGGUGGUUCUACCUCCCCAAGGCCGUCAUCGUCACCCUCCUCGCCUUUCUCAUGUGGCUCACCGUCGUCCUCGUCAACGCCGAGCUUGCAAACGACCCGGUCCGCGCAUGGAACGGCAACCACGCGUACGCUGCCUUUGUCUUUGUUGUCGAGCUCCUCUGGGUCGUCACCCUCGUCUACACCCUCGUCGUCGUUGUCCUCGCAGGCAUCAAGAUCCGGGUCACCAUGCCGUUCUACCGCCGCUACUCGGUCCUCUCCGCUGUCACCGCCAUCUACCUCUUCUGCAUCUCGUUUGCUGCACUCACAGGCAACCUCCGCCCCACCACCUCGUUUGCCUUUCUCUUCUUCUUCGCCCUCCGCGCCAUGUUUGUCUUCACCGUCGCCGUCGGCUCGUGGCCGCUCGACGAAAAUCGAGCCGUCGCCCUCUCUUUUGCCGGCGCCCAGGGCUCGUACACUCCCGCGGCCUCGUCGCUCCUUGCCUCCUCAAACGCGCCGCUCCGCACCUACAACGGCUCGCAGUCGGGUCUCCCCAUCGCUGUUCCGGUCGCUACUCCCGUGUCCGCCCAGCCCGUCGCCGCAACCGUCACCUACGACGACGACGGAUACGCCGAGCUUCCGCCUGACGAGCUCUCCGGCUCGGUCGACGACGAUGACGGCCUGCUCAACGUCCCUCUCCAGCCAACCUCAUCCGCAGCUAACGCUGCGCACGACUCUUCUGCACACAACGAUACUGGCUCGUUCCCAUCCGCCGCCUUUUCCGCCGCCGCUAUGAGCGAGUCCCGCAACGUCGACAGCUGAUUGAAAGAAAUAGUGGUUCCACA